GUGAGGCAGCGCGUCCUCGGUCCGAAACGAGCGCCUGGAGCUGCUCGCUCGGAGCGGCGCGGAAGAGCCGCCGGGAAAUGUCCCUUUAAGUGCCCGGGAGGAGCGCUCCGGGUCACGAGAAGCCGCUCCGUGCUCGCGGGGGAGAUUUUCCGGCGGAGCCGAUCCUGCGCCCGCCCGCCUUCCGUCCUGCCCCGGGAGAAGCGCCGCCCGCUCCGGCCUCGCCGCCGCCCGAGCCCGACUCGCCGCUCGCCGGAGCAGCGCUGCCCAGCCGGUAGGCCCGCGCCGAAGCGGUGGCCGAGAGCGGCGGGCCCGGGCCUGGCGGCGCCGCGCGGGCCCGAGCGAUGGAGGGGCAGAUGGCGGGGCUCUACGACCUGGGCCGCCGGCUGGGCCGGGGCCACUUCGCCGAGGUGCGGCUGGCCCGGCACGUCUUCACGGGCGAGCGCGUGGCCGUCAAGGUGAUCGAGAAGAGCCGGCUGGGCGGCGCGGCGGCGGCGCGGCUGCGGCGGGAGGUGGGCUGCAUGAAGCUGGUGCAGCACCCCAACGUGGUGCGGCUCUACCAGGUGCUGGAGACGCCGGCCCGGCUCUACCUGGUGCUGGAGCUGGGCGACGGCGGGGACCUCUUCGACCUGCUGACGCGGCGGCCGGGCGGGCUGGAGGAGGCGCAGGCCAAGGGCUACUUCGCCCAGGUGGUGCACGCCAUCGCCUACUGCCACCGCCUGCACGUCGUGCACCGCGACCUCAAGCCCGAGAACGUGCUCUUCUUCCAGCACCAAGGGGUGGUCAAGCUCACCGACUUCGGCUUCAGCAGCUGCUUCCAGCCGGGCACCAUGCUGGCCACCAGCUGCGGCUCCCUCGCCUACUCGGCCCCUGAGAUCCUGCUGGGCGAGGAGUAUGACGCCCCCGCCGUGGAUAUCUGGAGCUUGGGUGUCAUCCUUUACAUGCUGGUCUGUGGACAUCCCCCUUUCCAGGAGGCCAACGACAGCGAGACCCUGACCAUGAUCCUGGACUGUCGCUAUGUGAUACCAUCAGGCGUCUCCGUCCUGUGUGCAGACCUUAUUGCCCAGAUGCUGCAGCGGGACCCCAAGCAAAGGGCCUCCUUGGAGCUAAUUGAAAACCACCCGUGGCUCCAGGGGGUGGACCCCUCCCCAGCCAGCCAUUCUCUUCUGCCGCUGACGUCGCACCGGAGGGUUUUGGAGGAGGAGCACGAGGUCAUCAUCCAGACCAUGAUGUGCGGCCACAUUGCAGACCGAGAAACCAUCCAGGAAGCCCUGGAGGCCAAGCGCUACAAUCACGUCACUGCCACCUACUUUCUGCUGGCUGAACGGAUUCUGCGCGAGAAGCAGGAGAAGCAGAGCCUGGCGGAGCAGCUCCAGAGCAGGAGCCCGCCAGGCGAGUCCCGCCUCCCUCAGCCCACAGAGCUGCCCCCAGCCACCAAGAGCACCCUGGAGAACGUCGCUGCGGAGUACGCCAGGAAGCCUCUCCUGUCCCGCUCGGCCUCAGGCGAGGGCAGGUCCUCUUCCAGCUUCCAUGGAUGCGGGCAGCCUCUGCGGGCCCUCAUCCAGCCCUCCCUCAUGGAGACAGGCAUCGCCAAGAGCACCCUGGCCCUGCAGCAGAUUUCAGAGGAGGAGGAGGAGGAGGAGGAAGAGGCAGAAGGGAAGCCGGGCCUCUCUCGAAGGCGGACCUCCUCCUUGAACCAAGAGCAGAUGAGCCGCUUCCAGAGCACCGCAUCAUCCCUGCUUUUCUGCCGGGGCCUUGCAGCCCACUACAAAGCGGGCAAGAGCCUCCUCCCUUCACACGCCAAGUCCUCCUGCCCGGAACAAGGGCCUGGGACGGCUCCAGCGGCUCCAGGGGAGCAGGCGUCCCCCAGCAGCCAGUCAGGGGCAGGCCGAGCCCCCCAGACAGAGGAGCCGGGUGGCCGCCUCGGCUUGCAAGCGGGGAGGAGGCCUGCUGAGCCCCCCGGGGAAGCCACCCCACUAGGCAGUCAUGGAGGGGGCCCUGCCAGACCAGAGGUGGCACCGGGCCGAAUCGAGCCCCUCCUGGCAGAGGAAGAGGAGCAGAGCGACCUCCUUCCAGCGAGAGGAGGAGAUCCUGUCGAGGGGGAACUCUCGGGGGCUGGGGAGGAGAGCCCCCAGCCCCAGAGCAGCACAGCUCUCCUGCAGGGUGGCGGUGCCCCCGGAACCACUGGAGCCGAGGUGGGGCCAGGGGCGGAGGGCAAGGGCCUCGAGCUGGGGCCGCCCCACGGGGCCAAGGCCUGCUGCGAUGGCCAGAGCAGUGGCAGCGGCCACGACAGCCUCGCCGACAGCAUCAUCAAGCUGGACCCGGCCAAAGGCAAGAACGCUAACCUGAAGGAUCGGCUCCUGCAGUUCCCGCUCUGCGAAAAGGCCCUGGCCUUCCGGAUGCAGCCCAGCUCCAGGGAGAGCCUGCUGUCCUUGGGGCAGUUCAACUGUUGCCACGUCAUCUAGGCCCGCGAGGGGGAAGAGCAAGGAGAGCUCAGGCGGACCUCCGAGGGAGAGCAGGGCAGCGGCAGAGCCCGGUUGCCAAGGUCCGUGCUGGCUGGCUGCCUCCUCUCAGGAGGGGCUUCCUGCGCGAGAAGCCGGCAGCUCCCAGCACCCCCACACCAGCCUUUGGCCGGGGCGUUUCCCCUCACGUCCCCCUGCACCCACAACUUCUGACACAAACCCUCUCCCUGGUCUGUGGUGGAGGAAGCCUUUGGCUCACUCUGGAGGACUUGGAAAUUGGGAGGAAGCCAAGGCUGUGCUCCUCCGAGUCAGAAGGGAACUUGGGGUGUCUAUGGGCCCUGGAGGUCUUGGAGAAGCAUUUCCAGGAGAUGCAGGAUCUCUCCAGGCCUCUGCAGACCUCCGACUUUAACUUAAGGUAACCGGCCUACAACUCCCGGGUUUUUUUUACCCCAGGCAGGCAGUGGGCCUGACUUUCCCUGGCAGAGCCCCGGCCAUCUCCCCCUUGUGGUGCCUCCAGGCCGGGGAGGUCAGGCACCCGGCUAACGUCUCCAUCAGGAGCUGUGGAUGAGCUGGCAGCUGUGGAGGGAGGGAGGGAGGGCCUUGUUCCCUUCUCUCUGGCUGUCC